CGCUGUGGUUCCGCCAAAAAAGUGACCUAAUAUUACUGUAUUUGCUCAUAGAACUGUUUAUAGAGCUAUUAAACAGUCGUAAUGGCUUGGCCACCUCGCCCACCUUCAGUCUCUGCUUCAGAAACAACGCAAUCUUUUUCAGCGGAGACAUCUGUCAUUAUCUCCACAGACUAGUCCCAUUUGGCUGCUCAAGAAAUUAUUGAAGGACCCAGAAUGUCUUACGGAUCCAUUGACGCGGGAUCUUUUGGAAGCAGAAAUCCGUUUGGUGGGCACACAAGGCAGGGAUACCAGCCAGUAGCUACGCAAGUCAGUCCCUCAGAGCUGCAAGACGUGUUCCAGGAAACCUCCUCUAACAUCUUCCAGAUCAACGCUAAUGUGGUAACACUAGAGAAAAACCUUCAAUCGCUGGGAACAUCCAGAGACACAGCAGAGCUACGGCAGAGUUUACAUUCCACACAGCAGCAAACCAAUAAAGUCAUAACAAGCACAAGCCAACUUGUUAAACAACUCACUGACAUCAUCAGCGGAUCUUCACGGCAAGACAGGCUCCGUCUGACAAGACUCAAAACAGAGCUAUCAGAUUCUGUGCAGCGUUAUGGAGACCUGCAGAAGAAAAUUGCAGAUCGUUCGAGGGCCUUGCUUCCUCCUGCACAAAAGGACAGGAAACAGAGCCUACAGACACCAUUCAGUGAACUGGUUGAAGAGGGGCCAUUGUUCGCAGCGGGGGAAAGCGUUGAAGGUGAUGGUCAAGCAUUCCUGUCUGAGAUCAGUGAAGAAGAUGUGGAGAUCCUGAGGCAGAGAGAAGAAGCACUGCUGCAGAUUGAGAGAGACAUGCUGGACGUCAAUCAGAUUAUGAAGGACUUGGCCAGCAUGGUGCAUGAACAAGGAGACACCAUAGACAGCAUUGAAGACUACAUUCAGACCACCUCAUCACAUGUUGAUUCAGCCAAUCAGGAGCUUGCAAAAGCCAGUCAUUAUCAGAGGCAGCUGAGGAGGAGGAAAUGUUAUCUGAUAAUCGCUGGAGUGCUGCUUCUUACUUUGCUUAUCAUCAUUAUUGCAGUCUCAGCCAGAAAAUGAGAGCAAGACCACAGCGUAGCUACCACACAAGAUGAAAAUAGAUCUCUGUUUCAACUCUGCUGUGAUCCCUCCUCAACUUCCCAUCAAAAUUAGAGUCUGUACGUAGAGGUCCACCUGCGCUCACUCCGUCUCUUCUUAUCUCUGUCUAUACUUCUGUCAGAUUGUGUGUUUUUCUGUGUAUGCAUGUAUGGAAAUGUGAGUGUGUGUGUGUGUGUGAAUGUUCAUUAAAAGAGUCUAUUUUUAAUCAGUGCUUUGUACUGUAAUGUGCAAUUAAUUGCUCCUUACCUCUUCAAAGUGGACUCGAAUCAAAGAACAAAAUCCAAAUAGACUAAAUGUUGUUGUAGGCUUUUAUGACGACUUUAAAAUAUAUUUUCCGUCAUUUAUCGCUGAUUCUUGAGUACAGAGACAAAACUGGCUGUGGUUUUACUGGCCUGUAAUUCAAUUUGGAUAUUAAAAAGAUAGUUUCAAACUGAUUAUUUCUUUACAAUCUGUAUGACCGCAUAACAUAUCAAGGUUAUGAGAAAAAUAUACGCACAAUAAAGAAAAUAGUACAUUUAUGUGAAGAUCAUCUGAUUUAUGUUGAUCCAAAUGUUGAUUAUUCUGUGUUUUGUCCCAUGUCUCAAGAAUCAGUCUUAUGCUAGUUCUUAUAUCAGCUCAUAUUGAUUUUUUGCUACUUACACUGUGUUCAAAAUGUGUAUAUUUAUUUUUUUAGGGUGCAAAUGUAUAAUCUGUGACAAAAGUGUAACAGUGACAUUCUUUUUAGGAACAUUCUUUAUAAGGCAAUUUAUUUGUUAUAAAGAAACAUAACCAGUGUAUAUUUCUCUUUAAAUAUUGUAACCUGCUGUCUAUGUUUACCAAAAACUGGUAUUAUAAACUGACAUUUGAAUGCAGCAGGUAGUCUACCAUUAUAGAACACCUGUUGAGAGAGAAAACUGAGUUAUUGUUAUCAUUUGCUUAACCAUAAUAUCAUAGAUUUUUUUUUAUGAAAUAAUAUUUCAAAGGUUCAGUACUGUCUUGUAUUGCACUGCUCUUAAUAUCCAUUAUUUAAGUUGAUUUUUAAUUGUUUAU